CUGGGAGGAGGGGGAGCCGUUCCCCGGUCAGGGCGGGGGGUGCGGGGGCGUGGAGUGGGGAUGCCCCAGGCUCGGGCAGGGGCCGCAGCUCGUCAGCCGCGGCAGAGCCGCCCGUGAGCUCGGCACGAUCAGAGCCAGAGCCCCCAGUUCUUUGCUGGUCCUUUCGCUAGCAACCUCGAUCUCUCCCUCCUUUCUUCCUCGCGGCGGCCGCGGCGCUGAGGAAGCGGCGAAGAGGAGUGGCUCUGCCCUGGAAGAAUGCGGCUCUGCCGAGGGGGCAGAACUCGACGCAAUCUCCCCACGCUUUGAGCAGCCCGAGCCGAGCAGAGGCGAUCCCACCGAGCGGGAGCGGACCCUGAACCAGAGCCGCUGGAGGCCCUGAUCGAUCUGCCCACCCGGGCCUCCGGGCCGGGCUUCGACAUGCCGGAGGAGCCCCGGCCGCGGCCUCCGCCCUCGGGCCUCGCGGGCCUCCUGUUCCUUGCGCUGUGCAGUCGGGCCCUCAGCAAUGAGAUUCUGGGCCUGAAGCUGCCCGGCGAGCCGCAGCUGACGGCCAACACCGUGUGCUUGACGCUGUCCGGCCUGAGCAAGAGGCAGCUGGGCCUGUGCCUGCGCAGCCCCGACGUGACCGCGUCCGCGCUGCAGGGGCUGCACAUCGCGGUCCACGAGUGUCAGCACCAACUGCGCGACCAGCGCUGGAACUGCUCGGCCCUCGAGGGCGGCGGCCGCCUGCCGCACCACAGCGCCAUCCUCAAGCGCGGUUUCCGUGAGAGUGCCUUUUCUUUCUCCAUGCUGGCUGCAGGUGUCAUGCAUGCUGUAGCCACGGCCUGCAGCCUGGGCAAGCUGGUAAGCUGCGGCUGCGGCUGGAAGGGCAGCGGUGAGCAGGAUCGGCUGAGGGCCAAACUGCUGCAGCUGCAGGCACUGUCUCAGGGCAAGAGCUUCCCUCACUCUCUGCCCAGCCCUGGUCAUGGCUUAGGCUCCAGCCCUGGCCCCCAGGACACGUGGGAAUGGGGUGGCUGUAACCAUGACAUGGACUUUGGAGAGAAGUUCUCUCGGGAUUUCCUGGAUUCCAGAGAAACUCCCCGGGACAUCCAGGCACGAAUGCAGAUCCACAACAACAGAGUGGGGCGCCAGGUGGUAACUGAAAACCUGAAGCAGAAAUGCAAGUGCCAUGGCACAUCAGGCAGCUGCCAGUUCAAGACGUGCUGGAGGGCUGCCCCAGAGUUCCGGGCAGUGGGGACAGCGCUGAGGGAGCGGCUGGACCGGGCCAUCUUCAUCGAUACCCACAACCGAAACUCAGGAGCCUUCCAACCCCGCUUGCGUCCUCGUCGCCUCUCAGGAGAGCUGGUCUACUUUGAGAAGUCUCCUGACUUCUGUGAACGAGACCCCACCGUGGGCUCCCCAGGCACACGGGGCCGGGCUUGCAACAAGACCAGCCGCCUGCUGGAUGGCUGUGGCAGCCUGUGCUGUGGCCGUGGGCACAACGUGCUCCGGCAGACACGAGUUGAGCGCUGCCACUGCCGCUUCCACUGGUGCUGCUAUGUGCUUUGUGAUGAGUGCAAGGUCACAGAGUGGGUAAACGUGUGCAAGUGAGGGCCAGUCUCCCCAUGGGAGCGUGUGGGUGUGGCACCUUUGCAGCCCUUUGCUCUGAUUUCUGUCCAGGGUUAAUCUUGGUCCCUGGAAGCUCCAAGUAUCUCCCCGAAAACAAUUUUGGGGAUGGUGGGGGCCAGAUGGAGUCUGUGAUGUACAUCCCCCUCCCCUUCAGUUGGAGGGCCUAGGGGGGAGCUGUCACCCCUCUUCUGCUCCUUAAAUACCUGAAUGGACUAAGAUGAAAUGCACUGUACUGCCCCCCAACUCCAGGGCCCCUUUAGCCCUGAUUCAUAUUCCUUUUGGCUGGGGAGUCCCUAUAGUUUGACCACUCUUCUUCCUUGAGGGAUAACCCCAGGCAUUGUGUGGAGCCAUAAGAUCUGUAUCCAGAAAGAGACCACUCACUCCUACUUGCUGUUCCAAAACUCCUCUACUGUAGCCUGGGCCCCCUCUUGUGGGGUAAUGGGAGACAGCAGUAGAAAGGCUUUUCUUGGCAAAGGGACAGUGUGCUGGGAGGUGCUCUCCCCUGAGUCCUCAGAGAGUUGUCUGUCCAGGUCUUAGUGAAGCUGUCUCCCUUCAUUCAGAUGUUAAAGGGGAAUCCUCCAAAGGAAGGGUUUUACCUGAAAAUUCUCUGAGCCUCUUUUUCCUUCUUCAUCAGGAGGGAUGGGAAUGGAUAAUUUAUUGUACUGAGACUUGUUCUUGGUUCCCAUUUGUAACUAAAAUAAAUUAAGUUACUGGA